AAGUUCCCAGAUGCUGGGAUGAGGAGGUUAAGGAAGGAGCAAAAAGACCUUCAACAGGAUGAGCUGCUCAGGUUAAAUUUUUCAUCAAAAGAAAACACUAGCUGCAAACUAGUCACAGGUAGUGAUGGGGAGAUCCAGGAAGGAGCCCCCAGGUGAGCCCUGAUGUCAGCCUUCCUUGGCAUCCCAUGGCGGAGCUGAAAUGGAACUUCGAGCCAGAAAAAUCUGUGAUUAGCACACAAACAAGUGAUGUGCCACAAAUAACACUUUUCCUCACUCUCAAGCUCUGUGUCAGUAAACAGGGGUUUAUCUCUUCCCACAGCCAGGUAUUAUGGGGAGCUGGGCAAGCCCUGAGGCCAGAGGGGAGGUUUUCUGGUGACAAGAGGUUGCUGCACUUCCUUUUUCUCACAAUGAGAUUCCCCAGGUGAAAAAAAAUAGUGUGGCCAGAUGUUCUUCCCAGCCACACAAGUGUUGCCCUCCCCAGGUUGGGGCACUGUUCCUUAGGGCAUCAUAAGGAGGAUCCCUGAGAGGGGAGAGACCAAAACCCAGUUUCUCCUGAGUGGCUGGGCAUACUGCAUGGGAUGAUCCAGGCACCUCUGCCAUGCCCAGUGCUGGCUGGUGACACUGGAACCCUGCCCAAAUUUGUGGGGGCAGCUGAGCCUGGUGGAUGCCUUUGAAGGGCCCUGGUCACGAGCUCAGCUAUCUUUAGCCCAAGGUAUUUAUAUUACAAGGCUGCCGGGCAGUGCAGCAAAGGCAUCAAAGGGUGGAGAAGGCCCGAGGGGGCUGUGCAGGGGCACAGCACGGAGGGGCAUCAGGUGCUCCCCCACCCCUGAGAGCUGCUGAGGUCCCAGGCAAGGAUGACCCCAGAGGAGGAAGGCUCCCAGGCCGGACCCCCGGAGCGGGUGCGUAUCCGGGUGGAGGAACAGUCAUUCUUGGUGGAGAAGACCUUGCUGGUGGAGAGCAGUGAGUACUUCCGUGCCCUCUUCCGCUCGGGCAUGAGGGAGAGCACGCAGGAGGAGAUCGGCCUGGGGGAGCUGAGUGCAGCCGGGUUCCUCGCCAUGCUGCGGGUGCUGGCGGGCGAGAGGCCCAUCCUUGGCAGCGAGGAGACCUUCCAGGCAGUGGAAUGUGCUGCCUUCCUGCAGGUGAAGCCCUUGGCCAAGUACUUGAUCCACUCCAUCAACUCUGACAACUGCAUCCUGCUGUACCAAGCCGCUGCCAUAUUCGGCCUCCUGGAUCUCUUCCACUGCGCCGCACUCUACAUCAGGGACAGCUACGCCGAGCUGGAGGAGUACCUGGACUGCCUCUCCGAUGACCUGCUGGCCUACGUGGAAGCCCUCCUACCCAGCACCUUUGUGGCAGUGGGAGCCCACACACCCACCUUCGAGUUCUUGGAGGACCUCUCCAGGACCAUCUGCUACUUGGACGAGGAGACCAACACAUGGAGGACCCUCUCCUGCCUUCCGCUGAGCGCCAGCACAUUCCUAGCCGGCAUGGCAACCAUGGAUAAUAAGAUCUACAUCGUGGGUGGCGUCUACGGGGCCAACAAGCAGGUGGUGGAGAGCAGCUUCUGCUACGAUGCUGAUGCCAAUGCCUGGAGCGAGUUCCCCAGCCCUCACCAGCUGCGCUACGAUGUCAGGCUGGUGGGCCACGAGGGCUACCUCUACGCCAUCGGCGGCGAGUACGAGAAGAUCUCGCUCAAGUCCGUGGAGAGGUACGACCUGGCCUCCAGCACCUGGACGUUCGUCUCUGACCUGCCGCAACCGAGCACGGCAGCGCCCUGUGCCCAAGCCUUGGGGCAGAUCUUCGUUUGCUUGUGGCAGCCACUGGACACCACUGUCAUCUACGAGUACGAGACCCAGCAAGACGCGUGGCUUCCCGUCACCGAGCUCAAGCGGCACCAGAGCUACGGGCACUGCAUGGUGGCCCAUCGUGACAACCUCUACGUCAUGCGCAACGGCCCCUACGACGACUUCUUGCGUUGUGUCAUCGACUGCUUCAACCUGACGUCGCGGCAGUGGAGCGCCCUGCCCGGGCAGUUCAUGAACAGCAAGGGAGCUCUCUUCACCGCCGUCGUCAGGGGUGACACCAUCUACACCGUCAACAAGAUGCUGACGCUGCUCUACUCCGUGGAAGAGGAGACCUGGAAGCAGAAGAAGGAGCGGGCAGGUUUCCCACGCAGCGGCUCCCUGCAGACCUUCCUGCUGCGGCUGCCGAGACGUGACCAUGACAUCGCGACGUAGCUGGUCCCCCAUCCCAUGUCAGGAUGCUCUCCUUGCACAUGGCCUCAGCUCUGCACUCACUGCUCCCCUGGGCUCCUCUCCUCCUCCAUGGAGUUCUUCUCAGGUCCAGGGAUGCAUCAUGUUGGACCAUGGAGGUGACAUUAGACCCUGCCAGAGGGAAAGGGCAGCUCCUGUCUGCCUCUUCCUGCCCUGCACGGGCACAAAGUCCUGUUAUCCAUGAGCUCACAAGCCAGCUGUGUGCAGGACAUUGUGGCUUCUGCAGAGGACAGAUACCAUAGAGAUGCAAACAUGGGAUUUAUUUAUUCUGACUGCACUCUGAGGGUGUGCAGCAUUCCACCUCCUCUCUGCCUUGAUGGGAAAUCAUUCAUUACAUGCCGGAAUUAAAAGGAAAAGCUAUAGAAAAGCUUCUCAUUGCUGUGUUUUACAUUUACUCUUGCAGGUUUUUUCCUCCUGUGCUUCUGAAGGAAAAUACCUCCUAACAGGGAUCUGUGUCAGGACUCGCUUCUGCCCCGAAUGCUUUUUCAGCUGCAGCUCAGUUUCAGAGCCUUACGUGGGAGUGCGGUUCCCACAGAGCCCCGCACUCCCCUGGGAAUUCUCUGUGGCUGCAACGGGGUCCUGGGAGGAGGAGGGGAGAUGGGGAAUGAAGGAAAGCAGCUCCUGGGCAUCAGGUGCUUAAUGUGCCAAGGGUUUUCUGGGACCUGGGAACAUCAAUCACCCCCCUCAGGCCCCGGCACAGACCCAAUGGGGUGGCAAGUGCUGGUUCUCACCAGAGACUUGCUUGAGCCAAGUCAGGGUCUUUUGAGGACAUGGCAAAGCUUGGAAGUACAGAGAGUGCCAAAAGGGAAUGAGGGCUAGGGAGCCAUUACAUGGUGAUACCAGGCUUGCAGAGCUCCACAGCCAGAGGAGCUGUUCCCAUCAGAUCCCACUGCCUGAGCCCUCAACACCAGCUCUGGGGAUGGCUGAGGAGCACAGAGCUCCUCUUUGUGACCACAGAGACCAGGGCAGCAGCAAACCCAGACCCCAGCUCAGCUGGUUUCCCAUCCAUGGGGCAGGCUUUGGGCUGCCUGUGCUGUCCAGGCCGGGAGGGAGCGGAAGGGAUACCAGCUGGGAUGCCUCAAUAUCUCCGCUGCUGAUCCUCGCCAAGUUCUCAGCAUUUUCAAAACAGUUCCCGCAUUUGAGAAUAAACCCACUCAACGCAACUGCAAACCAAAACAAACCAGAAAACCCCAGCUUGCACCCAUCCACUGGAUGCACCUUGUCCCCAUUUGCUCUCUGCCACUGGGGCAGGCCACCACCCCAAUGUCACCCAUGAGGGGACUGCUGCUGGUGGAGCUGCAGGUCUGGCGGUGGCACGGGGGAGGCAGGGGACACUGACAGACCCGUCCCAGCUCUGCACUGUGGGCAUUGUGAGCUGAGCAGCAUUGCAGUCCCCAGGUGGAAUGUUACAGCAGCCCAUCAA